GCGGCGGCAGCGGCGGCGCGGCAGCCGGGACGAUGCUCCUGUCCCUGGUGCUCCACUCGUACUCCAUGCGCUACCUGCUGCCGGGGAUCGUGCUGCUGGGCUCGGCGCCCACCUACGUGCUGGCCUGGGGCGCCUGGCGCCUGCUGUCGGCCCUGCUCCCGGCCCGCGUCUACCAGCUGGUGGACGACCGGCUCUACUGCGUCUACCAGAGCAUGGUGCUCUUCUUCUUCGAGAACUACACCGGGGUGCAGAUAUUGCUAUAUGGAGAUUUGCCAAAAAAUAAAGAAAAUGUAAUAUAUUUAUCAAAUCAUCAAAGCACAGUGGACUGGAUUGUAGCGGAUAUUUUGGCCGUCAGGCAGAAUGCUCUUGGACAUGUGCGCUACGUGCUGAAAGACGGGCUAAAAUGGCUGCCAUUGUACGGGUGCUACUUUUCUAGGCAUGGUGGGAUCUACGUAAAGCGAAGUGCCAAGUUUAAUGAAAAAGAGAUGAGAAACAAGCUACAGAGCUACGUGAAAGCAGGAACCCCAAUGUACCUUGUGAUUUUUCCAGAGGGAACAAGAUUCAGCCCAGGACAAACAAAACUCCUAUCUGCUAGUCAGGCAUUUUCUGCUGAACAUGGCCUUCCAGUAUUAAAAUACGUGCUGACACCAAGAAUAAAGGCAACUCACGUCGCUUUUGACUCUCUGAAGAGUUACCUGGAUGCCAUCUAUGACAUUACCGUGGUUUACGAAGGGAGGAGUGCGAACUGGCAGCAGCGGCAGCACCAGGAGCCCCUGACCAUGACGGAAUUUCUCUGUAAAGAAUGCGUAAAAAUUCAUAUUCACGUUGAUCGUAUCGACAAGAAAGAUGUUCCAGAAGAGCAAGCAUAUAUGAGAAGAUGGCUUCAUGAACGGUUUGAGAUCAAAGACAAGUUGCUUAUAGAAUUCUUUGAUUCACCAGAUCCAGCAAGAAGAAACAAAUUUCCUGGGAAAAGUGUUCACUCCAAACUAAGUCUCAAGAAGACUUUGCCCUCUGUGCUGCUCUUGGGUGGUUUGACUGUUGGCUUGCUCAUGACCGAGGCUGGGAGGAAACUGUAUGUGAACACGUGGAUCUAUGGGACGGUGCUCGGCUGCCUGUGGGUGGCGGUUAAAUCAUAGACCGCGGACAAUGGCUGUCCCCCACUGGGAUGGCAAUCUUGUCUGCUAGUGAAGGCUGCAUAUUACAUCCAAUUGUUUCCUGAAUUAAAUGAGAAGUGUAAAUAAAGCCUUGUUGCCUGAACAAGUAAAAGUAAAAUAGACUCUGUGACUAAAGCUGAUAUGAAAUUGAUCUUGGGAAAAGGUUUUCCAGCUUUAGCACUGGAGCUGCGGUGACAGGAAAGCUUAGUGGAAUUUGUGCUAUUCUUUCCACUCUCUCCAACUAAUGUCAGCUUGUAAAGAUGACUAGGAUUAUGUAUUUUCCUAUUGUUGUAUAAUUCACAUGGCUGUUUUUGUAACAUUCAUUGGAGCCUAUUUCACCAUAUUUGUUACUUUACAUUUUUUCCAACUUGUCAGCUCUAAUCUCUCAUCACUAAAGUGUUCAGAUGCCAGCCAGUGACAAGUUGUAUUUACGUAUUGAGCCACGCGUAGGAAAAGGGCAAGGAGUGUCACGGAGCAACUCUGUGCAUGGUCCUCCAUACCGCGUUAUUUAGCUGGUUUUGCUGUAUGUGCAAAAUAAUGAACCUUUCUAAUACUGAAACUGCUAAUGUGCAUACCCACUCUACAAAAGAAUAAUGUAUGAAGAGACAAAAUGAAAUUUAAAAUUGUGACUGAUUCAUUGUAGCAGAACUUGAAAUUGCCUAGCCUUUGAAGAUUGAAGCUACACUCCCAGCAUCAGUGCCAUAAUACUUAAAAACAUAAAGGUUUCCUGUUAUUUUCUAUAUCAGACUAAUCAGUGUGAACCUUCUUGGGCUUGGAGUCUCCAGUUCUAGGUGCUGGGAGCCUGCACCAAUUUUAGCAUGUGCCUUUGGCUAUUUCUCUUUGAUUUAGCAGGAUGUUUGAUUGGGAAUCAUUGUUGUGCUGCUGUAUGGCUUUCCACUGUGUCCAAAGCCUUUCCCUUUGGGUGUCCUUCGGUGGUGCUGCUCAGGGAUUUGCCCAGUACUCGAGUGCACAAACGGUGAGCUGGCACUCUUGCCCUGGCUCAAGUGGAGCUCCUCCUGUCGCCUGUGGCUUCUUGCAGAGGCAUUUGGAUUUGGUUGUGAAAUUCAGGCUGAAGGCAGUAAAAUACAGACGUGGCUUUGUCUGUUUGCUGCUAAUGUUAAUGGAGCCACACAGCUAAUCUGUAUCACCUCCAGAGAGAGUUCCCUUGCAGGAAGGCAUCCAGCUCCACCACCCACAGUCGUGGGACAGUUGCCACCGAAGGAGGUCUUUCUAAAGUGGAAUCCACGCCUUCCUUAGGUUAAAAUGGACACACCACUGCCCGCUGGCCCUUUUUGAAGGUGAUAUUUCGGUCUGCUGCUUAAGGCCUUUGGUUGCAUAAUUCUAGUGACCCAGAUGAAACAUACCUGUUGAAUUGUGAUUUUUAAGAAUUGAGAGAAACUUAUGCCUGUAUCACAUUGCUUUUCCAAAAUCAGAAAAUAAGCCAGCUGAGCAAGAAGUGUGAUACGAAUUGGUUUCUGUCCAUUAGUAAGUGAUGUAUUCAGCAUUCAUAUACAUGUAUUCACACACAGAACACAGCCUUAUUGCGCAAGGAGGCCAAGGUCAAGCGGCAUGAAGUGUUCUAUGGGCUAUAAUUUAUUUGAUCUACAAAGUCAAGACUGUGUUUUAGGUAUAUUUUGCUAGCAGCCCUCAGCUCAUUUCUGACUCCAUCAGAGUAGAUGUAAGCUGUAGAGUUUGAGCAUCACAGCAGUGCUCCCAAGUCGCAUAUUGACCAGGGGGCUGCAUGGACUGUAAUGGGUGUUCUAGCCAGGCGAAGUGGCCUGCAGGCUGAGCACGCUGGUUCCAAGGACUGUACCUCAGUCCUUUGAGCAGAGGGUCGAUAAAAUACGGUAGUUGGAAAAAUUGUAUCAAAAUGUUUGAAAAAUUAGAAGCUUCUCCUAAACAUGUUGAUUUUGAGUAGAAUUAACUAUUCUCUAAAAUUAAAAGUCCUGUGCCCACCUGUAAACCCUAUUGUUUGUAUUGUUGAUUUACAGCUUAUUACUUUGUUUUUCUUUAUAAGAGUGCCAUCGAUGCGCAUGCUUUUUGGUUUUUCAAACAAGGGUGUUCAGAUGAAAGCGAAAAAAUAAAUGUCUUCACUCUCUA